AUGGCAGUGUUUCCCAAGUUUAGGCCUGGGUUCCGUCGAACGACCACCAACGACGCGGAGAACCCUCUGCCCAUGAAUCCGCUCGGCACGAACGAGAAACAACCAGCAAUCACCAGCGUCGAAGGCACUAGCAGCGCAGGCGUCGGCAAUGGAGAGAGCAGCCAUGAGGUCGACGAGGCAAAGAAUCCCACUGAAGAUGCCCAGAGAGGUGUUCAAGAGGUUGAGGCCGUCACCCUGACCUGGUCCAAGAAGUCUCUGGUCGCGGUCUUCAUCCUGAUGUUCCUGCUUUAUUUCGUCAAUGCAUUUCAGUCGUCGAUCCUAUACAACCUGGUUCCCUUUGCCACGAGCUCUUUUGAGACACAUUCCCUCCUGACCGUCAUCUACAUCGUCUCCAACUCGAUGAGCGCCGCCGUCUAUAUCCCCCUCGCCAAGAUGCUUGACAUCUGGGGCCGGGCCGAAGGCUUUCUUCUCAUGGUGGCCUUCUCUACACUGGGCUUGAUCUUGAUGGCUUCUUGCAGUGGUCUCUCCACUUUUUGCGCUGCGCAGGUGUUCUACUCCAUCGGCUUCGGGGGGCUGAUAUACAGCGUCGACGUGAUCACAGCCGAUGCGUCUAAGCUGAAGAAUCGAGGGCUGGCGUAUGCAUUCACCUCUUCGCCAUAUAUGAUCACGGCCUUCGCCGGCCCCAAGGCUUCGGACGAUUUCUACUACCACAUCAGCUGGCGCUGGGGUUUCGGCUGCUUCGCCAUCAUCUUGCCAUUCGUGGCCGCGCCGCUGUACGUCAUUCUGAAGCUCAAUCUGCGCAAAGCGGCGAGACAGGGCUUGCUAGUGAGGGAGAGGAGUGGGCGGACAUUGCUGCAGAACAUUUGGCACUAUACCCAAGAGUUUGACGCUCCUGGUGUGAUUCUCUUCUCUGGAGGCCUCACGGUCUUCCUGUUGCCUUUCACCCUUGCCGAUUCUGCGCCGAACGGGUGGAAGACGGGCUACAUCAUCGCCAUGAUCGUGGUCGGGUUUGUGGUGCUCGUAGCGUUCGGCCUGUACGAGACGUAUGUGGCGCGUGCACCGUUCCUGCACGUCAACCUGCUCGCGAACCGAACAGUGAUUGGCGCCUGUCUGCUCGACUUCACCUACCAGGUAUCGUACUAUUGCUGGAACAGCUACUUCACGUCGUUCCUGCAGGUGGUUAACGACCUGACGCUGGCCGAGGCCGGGUACGUGGGCAGUACGUUCGACGUCGUGUCCGGGGUGCUGCUGCUGUUCGUGGGGCUCCUGAUCCGGCGGACAGGAUACUUCAAGUGGCUGCUCUUCGUCGCGGUGCCGCUGUACAUCCUCGCCCAGGGCCUGAUGAUCCACUUCCGCCGCCCGGACUCGGGCAUCGGGUACAUCGUCAUGUGCCAGAUCCUGAUCGCCGUGGGCGGCGCCAUCUUCAUCAUCGUGCAGCAGAUCUCCAUCCUGGCCGCCGCGGACCACCAGCACGUCGCCGCCGUGCUGGCCCUGCUGUACGUCGUGGGCAACGUCGGCGGCGCCGUCGGCAACACCAUCUCCGGCGCCAUUUGGACAAACACUUUCGAAAAGGCCCUCGCCCGCUACCUCCCUGCCACCACAUCCCUCGCGGAUCUCGAAGACAUCUAUAACAGUCUGGACACGCAGCUGAGCUAUGCCGUGGGCUCGCCCGAGAGGCGAGGCAUUCAGCAGGCGUACGGGUAUGCCCAGGCGAGGAUGUUAGCGGUGGGUACUGGCAUCAUGGCCUUGUCGCUGAUUUGGAUGUUCAUGAUCCGGAAUAUCAACGUGACCAAGGUUGCACAGGUCAGGGGCACUGUAUUUUGA